AUGCUGGGCUUGGUCCUGACGUAUCGCGUCGUCUUCACCCCCCUUGAGUUUUUGAAUUACCUUCAGGAUUGCUUGGAGCGGUUUCCUAGCGCGACGUAUGCUGUUUUGGAGCUGAGCCUCCUCUGGGUCUCUGUGUGCCAUUCGGAUUUGCUGCACGAUGAUCUCACCCGCCACAGCUUUGAGGCUUGGUGCGAGCAACACAUGGGCUCUGAAUGGGCCUGGCUCCUGCAAGAAAUCCGACUCGUCGUUCAGCUGCAGGACAGAGCCACCGCGGCGCGCAAGCCCGUGGAUGCCACGGCAACUGCAGACAAACACUAUGGCCCUACCCCUGGCAUUUUGGAUCAGCUGGAGCCAGAUACUGUGGCAAACCAGCUCACGCUCUUCGAUGAGCAGCUGUUCACAGUACUGACUGUCGAUGACUACCUGACAGCGAGUGCGUUUGUUCCUCUCGACUUGAUUGACCUCACCUUCCCUCCUUCUCGUUACUCUUGUACCUCGGCAAAAAAUUGUCACAUGGCGCACGGCUGUCACGUGUCCCGUAAGAUGGCGACCGUGCGCUUGGCGGACAAGCACCGCAAGCUGUUUGCGCGUCUGGCGCGACUCACGGACCCUUCGCGCAACAUGGCCAACUAUCGCCGCCAGCUGGAGCAGUUCCACAACAAGCCCUGUAUCCCUUUCCUCCCCGUUCAUCUCAAAGAUCUGCUGUUUGCCACGGAAACGCGCCGCACUCUCUCGCGCGACUCUGCGGAUCUUGUCACCAAAAUUCUGAUGAGCGUGCAGUCUCAACAGGCCUUUCCCAUGCGGACGGACUUUGGCAUGCAGUCCUACCUCCGCGUAUCUGUGCCUCGGGCGGCUCUACCUGCUUUACCCAGCAAAGCGGAGCUUGCACCGGACACCCAGGCGGCUCAGGUGCGACGCCAAUAUCUGUUGGCUGAGCUGACCUCACCUGCCAAGGGUGGCGCUAACAAGGGGGCCACGACUGAGCGCAAGCCAAAGCGCAGCAGCUUGACCAUCGUGGUGGCCGCGGCAGCUGAUGCAGAGGCAGACGGUGGCUCGACCGACGGCCCGCUCUCCGCUCGCACCAAUUCAGUUCAUGCCUUUAUGCCCCCACCGCGUCGCUUCAGCAAGAUGAGCAGCACGUCUUUGUCUGCGUUGCCAGAGCAAGCUCGCACACCGCUUCGGCCUAAAUUAAGCGAUGCAAGCCUGGAGGCGACGCCCCAUCGCCUCAGCGAGACCUGGUCCUUGCCUCGCAGUUCUGCUGUUACAAGCUACAGUCGGCGCAGCAGCAUGCUUUCCGCUUCUGACUGUAUGGACAGUAGCGAAGAUGAGCGUCACGAUGACCUCUCGCUUGUCUCCACGCGCUCGGCUCCCGAGCCCGGUACGGGUCAUGGUCUGAGUUCACCUGACCCGGCCGACGCCUCCUUGGCUACACGACGCCAAGUGGCCAAUUUGGAGCCAUUGUCAACCUCGCUAUCGCUUCCACGCCACUUCUUUGACGGCGCCGCACCACGCACAGCGCCGUCACCCUUGGGUGCCACUAUGGAGUCUGCAUCCGCGUCAAUCAACAGCUGGUUGGCUCCCAGUAGUGCUGCUUACAAUAUGUCUUCCACUACAAACGAGCGGCCUUUCACAGCAAGCAAGCUCGUCCUUGACUUUUCAAUGUCCUCCUUGGCGGCUGAAGGCACGGCCGAGGCGCGCGAGGCGAGGCAAAGUGAAGGCUCAGCCUCGUCUGUCGUGUCCUCUGUGUUUGAGACAGAGCCAUUGCCUUCCGUGAGCUGUCCCCUUGAGGGUCCGGACUGGAUUGAGAUUGAUUUGGAUGCGGAAGACACAAUCUUGGAGAGCGUUGAGGUUCUUGGUGGGCGUGUGAGUUUGGUCUAA